GGCGAGCGGCGCGGCGCUGGAGGUCGUGGCCCGCGGGAGGCGCGGCGGGGAGCCUGCGGGGCAGCCCAGGUCCCGGUCCCCCGCACUCAGCGCCCUCGUGACCGCUGCGGGGAGGGCGACGCCGCCCGUCACCGAGGGGGAGCGGAGCCCGCAGUGGAAGAAUUAAAGGAAUAUGAUAUGAUGAUAUAACUUGAUAUCGCCAAGCAGCAAGUUUUUCUGACUCGGCAUGUCAAAAAAUAAGGGUCAUUCAUCUAAACGAGGUAACUUAGCAGUCACUGCAGUUGCUUUACAAGAUCACAUUUUACAUGAUCUUCAACUUCGAAAUCUUUCAACAACAGAUCAUUCUAAGACAAAGGCACAAAAGAGAGAGAGCAGAUCCAAAUCUCUAAAAGGAAAUACAAAAGCAAUAAUAGAUACUGGACUUAAAACAACUCUACAAGACCCUAAAGUGGAAGAUCCAGAAAAAGAAUAUGUUCUUGAUCCAAAACCACCACCAUUAACUUUAGCACAGAAGCUGGGCCUGUUUGAACCUCCACCACCGCUACUAUCUUCAGAUGAAUGGGAAAAAGUGAAACAGAGAUCCAUCCUGCAGGGGGACUCUAUGCAGCCAUGCCCCAUAUGCAAAGAGGAAUUUGAACUCCGCCCCCAGGUGCUGCUUUCAUGUUCCCAUGUGUUUCACAGAGCAUGCCUCCAGGCUUUUGAAAAGUUCACAAAUAAAAAAACCUGCCCUCUCUGUAGAAGGAACCAGUAUCAAACCAGAGUGAUUCAUGAUGGAGCCCGGCUAUUCAAAACAAAGUGUGCGACAAGGAUCCAAGCCUACUGGAGGGGACAUGUGGUCAGAAAGUGGUACCAAGACCUGAGGAGAACAGUACCUCCCACAGAUGCCAAGUUGAGGAGAAAAUUCUUUGAAGAAAAGAUCGUGAGAUGAUAAAAUGCCCACAUGACGAGAUGAAGGGGGGGUGAAUGACCCAGGCAUGUGGCAUAGCAUUAGACUAUAUUGACCUUCUGACACUACAUCAGGGGAGGAUCAUCUGCUCUGGGACCAUGUUGGCAGCAGGUAACUGAAACUGUGAAAAGUGAAACUGCAGAGAAGGAGCCAGCUUCUUGUUUGAAUGUCUAUGUGGUCAGAGCCCAGAGGGUGUUCUUUCCUAUAUAGACCACUUCUUAGUCAUUUCCUGAAUGGUCCUUGCAAUUUAAUGAUUUUUCCCUACCUUUUAAAAACUCUCCUGCUGAGUUAUAGCCUGAGUUAUGGUCUAGGAACUGUUCAUCUACAAUUUUAUUUAUAAUUUUAAAGGCCAAUUUGUUUUAACAUUUUAAUAAAAUCUGAAAGAAUUUCACAUUACACAGGAUUGUAUAGAUGCAUCCAGACCAUGUGGAUGUAUACACAAGUGAUAGUUUGUGAAGAACUUUUAUCAACAAAUUAAAAUACUAUAAACUACUGGGUAAAAGAUUGUUGAGGAAUAGGAUAUUCACACAGUCUCAAAGUAUCAACCCACAGAUUAUGUAUAAUUAACAAAGAGUAUGAGAAAGACCUAUUGGAAAGGUCUGACAGACAUCUCAGCCCAAUGAAUGAAAUUAGCAAUAACUGGACAAGUUGACACCAUGUGCUCCUAUUGUGCACAGAGUGUACUAGGACAAAACAUCACGUUUGCACUUUCAUGCCAAAAUGCUUAACCUGAAACCCAAUCAAGAAAGUAUGUGAUCAGGUAAAUUCAAAGUGAGGAAUAUCCUGUAAAACAGCUGGCUUGGACUAUAAAAUGUCAAUGUCAUAAAGACAAAAGAAAUGACUAAGGAAUGUUCUAGAAUAAAGAAGUCUGAGAACUAUAAAAUUUAGAGGAAAUGACAGGUCUUUGAUCAGAUUCUGGAUCAAAACUAAAACUAAAACAAGUGUGAUAAUUGGGAUAUUGGGAAUGUGAAUAUAGAUCAUUAUUAUGACCGUGGUAUGUCAAUGAUAAAUCUCUGUAGUGUGUUAACUGUAUUGUUGCUGUUGGGUAUAGUGUCCUGGGUCUUAGAAGGCACAUGCAGGAUGAUUUAGUCAGGGGUGGUGUGUGGUUGUGUUUGCAGCUAAACCUUAAAGAGGUCACAACUCAGACAUAUAUACAUACAUAUAGAAGACCGAAUACACUGUAGUGAAAUACUAACAAUUAAAAUGUAAGGAUAAACUCCAGCAGUGUUAGACUGGGAUGCACAGUUUCUAAAUCCAAGGCAGUGGACUGGGAAUGGGAGGAUGGGAGAAGGAGAGAGGAUAUAAACAAAAAUAGGUUUCACAACUUAUAACAAAAUAUGCUCUGUUUAACAAAGAAUUAAACAGGAAAAUGAAAACAUAACGCCUUUAGAAGAAAGCAUUAUAAAUUUAUGAUCUAGGAUUUUAAAACCACACACACAAACAUAGACACACACACCAUAUAGGAACUGACUGAUAACUAUAUACACUUACGUAGAGGGAGAAAAAAUUAAGACCAAUGACAAAUCAGGCAAAUAUAUUUGCAAUUCAAAGGACCAGGGGCAAAUCUCCUUAGUAUGUGACAGCAGUUUACAGAAGGAGGACAACAUGCAUGGUUACUAUAUAAAAUGAUGUUCAACCUGACUCAUAAUUAAAGAAAACUAAACAAAAAUAAGAACCUGUUUCAUCUAUUAGAUUGGCAAGAAUUGAAAAAUGUGAUGAUAAUUAUCUAGUACUGAUGAGACUGAAGGGGAAAUGGAUAUUCUUAUAGGCCAUUGGUAGAACAAAGAAUGCACAUCUUUCUGGCUGAGAAAGCCAGUGGCUGGGGGUUCUCCGAGCCCCUCUCUAGAAGUCACGCUACAGAUAUACAUGUUUGCUGAGAUGUAUCCAUGACUAUGUUCACUAUAGCAAUGAUUAUAAAAGAGAAAGAACAAAGAGCCUGCCACCAAGAAGCAUCCAUAUAGUGAUUACUACACAGCAAUUGUAAAGACCAAGGUAGAUAUGUAUGUGGGGAUAGUAAAGGAUUUCCAAGAAAAGGCAACAAGAAAGAGUAACAUGUAGAAAAGGUAGGAUGAUAGGGUUAAAAUAUAACAGUAAUUACAGCAAACAUUGAGAUUAAUUUCCUAUCAAAUAACAAACAUAUUGGAAAAAAAACCCACUACUAGCUGCUUAGGAGAGACACAUUUGGAUCAAAAAAAAAAAAUGUCCUAUAUAAAGGCAUGCUCAAAAAUAAAUGAGGCAAAUGCAAAAAGAAGAAAUAAAAUUGAAAAUCACAG